UUUCUUUCUUUUUUUCGACAGAAGGAGGGGUGUUGUGGGGAAAUGCUCGGCGGACCGUGAAGCGUAACAGCAAGGAGAGGGACAAAGACGCGCAUAGCGGGACAAAAUGCGACAGACAGAAACCUCUUCCAACUAAAAAAAACAACAACAUCGGAAUGUGCGGAUGGAUGUUAAAAGUGGUGGAGCUGGGAAGAGAAGUCGAAACCAACAAUGGCAAGAAAGAUGAAUUCAAGUGUACAAACUGAGUUGUGGACAAUAACUGUGGUUAGAGUGCGCGUUAACUUUGGAUAGCCUUGCGGCGCGUUUCAGUGUCCAUCUCAGAUGUGCACCGGUGGCACGGAGCAGACACGGGCUACACUUUGGAGUAUGAUUUCCCACUUUUGAACGGACAUGCUUCCCGGAAUGACUGUUACUGCGCUGUUUCUUUUUUGCAGCCACGCGUGGAGAUUUCCCUGAGUCAGAUCCUGACCUCCACUGCUACAAAACUCACCAAGAGGAGGCAAACUUAACUUGCGUGCAAGUUUCCGUGGAUCAUUUAUAAAGGACCAAGUGUAUUUUCUUCGACUGCGUUGGUAACUAACUCAUGUGUUGCAUGUAUGGAAUACUUAUGAACUCCAGUCUGUGAGAUUCAGCGUUUACAUUGUCCUGAUCCUAAUGUGCUGGUGGAGAAAGUGCACGUCACCGAACUAGAACUCCAUCCAAGCAUGAAAUGUUGGUGCAGCGCCCUGGCACUUCUCCCAUGGGUGCUGGUGGCCUUAGAUGCCCAGCUAAUCUGCUGGCAGGCGCUCCUUCGGUGCCACGAGGAGCCCGAGUGCGACCUUGCAUACAGUCAGUACUUAGCAGCUUGUGAAGGUAACAUCAGGGGGACGAGGAGACAGUGUCCCAGCCACUGCAUCAACGCGCUGAUAAGGCUCAAUCACACCCGCAGCGGGCCGGACCUGGAGACCUGCGACUGCGCACAGGACCUGGAGUGCCUCAGCGCCAAGCGAGCCAUAGAGCCGUGUCUCCCCCGCAGACACCCGAGCGAUGCGGGGGGGAUAGGGUGCAUGGAGGCCCGGCAGCGCUGCGAGGAAGACAGCAACUGCCACACCUCCCUCACGGCCUACUUGUCAUACUGCGGGCAGCUGUUCAAUGGCAGGAAGUGCUCCUCCAAGUGUAAAGCCACCAUCCAGCAGAUGCUGUUCAUCCCAAAUGGCAUGCUGCUCAACCGCUGUGUUUGUGAUGGGGUGGAGAGGCCUUUCUGUGAAGUGGUGAAGGAGAACAUGAGCAAACUUUGCUCCAUAGGAGACCACAUUGUUAUUUCAGACCAGCCUGAUGUGGAUGACAUCUAUGAGGAUGAAGACUAUGACCCUAAAAAUGACAGAGAGGAGGUGUAUACUGAUCAUUCCUCUGCUCCCCAGAGGUUAUCCAGCUGCAUGAUGCUCCUGUUUCUUCCUCUAGCACGGAUAUUGUAUUGAGACAAUGGGUACUUGAAGCAUUUGUUGGAUUUAUAAAUGACGGUGUGGAAAAAUCUCUGUUCAUUAGACUCCACCAGGGAGCUCAGAGUCCAGCUGGAGUUGGUAUCAGCGCCUUGAUCAAACACACUACAGUAUGGAACUGGGCCGGCUUGCUGGCACAGGACUCCAACCCAGGUCUGCUGGAUAAGGGAAGCUAUUUUUUCACCCCCAGGCCUCCCUGCUAUUCCAUUUUAGUUGGAGUGCAACAGUGAGCACAGUAGUGAUUAGUGUUUGCUUUCCACAACCAUACAAUUUGCAUAGUAAUUCUUCUUCAAGCACAUCUCACUCAGGAAUCCUGCUUUUUUAAAUUUGUGUUCAGAUCUUCACACAGAUGGCCUUACAGUGCUCUGAGUGAACUGCUCACCUUUUUUUUUUUUUUUUGCUAAGUUGAAACCUGUCGGCAAAAAUGGCAUCAACACUUUAAGGUGAUGAUGAGAGGAGGUGAACCACACCAGACUUUGUUGCGGGGCAUUGCCAAGUUGAGUGCCUUUAAACAGCUCCUGUUUGUUUGGUUUCAAUGGUACUUGGAGUGUGGCUUUAUUAAGACCUUAGACAAACAUUGGACCCAUCCAGUCUCUGUUUGCUCUGCUCUCCAUUUCAGGGGCCUCUGCAUUGUUGCAGCAACCACACUUCAAAUAUUUGUGGGAAUAGUCAAAGGACAGGCGAGGGUGUGGGAUCAAGUACUGAAAUUAACUGAAGCGCCUCUCCAGCACUCUGUCUGGAGCCCCUCCCCCAUGUGAGAUUGUUUUAUUGAACUUUUCCUGAGACACCCCUACCCCCUCUUCCUCCUCUCUACUGCCUGCCCCCUUUCACGCCUUUAAAAGACCCCUGUCUUUAUUACUGCUUUCACACUGUAGCAACAAGCCAGGAAAGGCCGUGUGUCGCUGGUGUGAACAGGUCAACAUAUACCUGGAGUUUAUCCUCAACACUGCUCAUGAUGAGAGGUUUAGCUGGUCUGACACGUCUUAGCUGUGAUAUAUGUGAGUGAACACGUUUUUAAACAAACUGGUUUGAAUAAAAGUUGUUGCAAAGCACAUUUUAUGGAUAUUAAGGCUUGUCGGACUCAACAUGAGGUCAUAGUCUCCAUCAAUGAAUCUCCAGUGUGGUAACACUGCAGCAGCAACACCAUGAUGAGUGAACAUCGCAGUGUCACAACAGUGUGUGAGCAUCAGCAACAACAUACUCACCCAUGAGCAGUAGUCUGGCUUGAACGGUCAAACGUGGAUUGAAUGUAUGUCAAAUAUUUUGUGUCACAGUGUUGCUAACUAACCAAGAGGUGUACUAGGCUUCAUGUAGAGUGCUUUUAACGUGCAGGAUGGUCACUAAGUGCUUUCUAAAGGAAUGCACAAAUCCAGAUAAAACAAUUAAAACAAAAAGAUGGAAUUCAAUUCAACAAUUUCCUGUAUUUUGAAGGCUUUUAUUUUGUGUGUUUUUAAGUGUUCCAGAACAAUUCAUCACAUUUAUUUUUGUAGUUGCUUUGUCCGGCUACUGAGCAGCCAACAGGGCCAAUGUUAGAAGAGCUGUUCUGAUACCGAUAUCAGGGUCGGAAAUGCCUUUGAUACUGCCUAAAAUGCUAGAUUGGGAAUAUGUGUAUGUAAAUCUAUGCACCGAUCCGAUACCAUGUAAGUUAUUGAUAAACUUAAAAGUAAUUUUAUAGUUUUCCAAUGAAAUCAGCUCUUCUUUGCUGCUCUAAAACUGUAGCCUACGCAGCAAGGCGCACCGUGCAGCCACUGGUAACUACUGUUUCAGAGCAUCUGAGAAUAGUGGAGGGAAGUGGGGCUGAUUACCCAGGGCCCCAGUGGGAAGGAGGCCCCACAAAAAGCCUGGAAUGAAGAGUCUGGUUUUGUUUGCAUUUUUUAAAAAUUUCUGACUACAUAAUAGCAUUACCAAAUUAAAACUGGCUGAAUAAAUGGACUGCGAUAAAAGGUGCAAAAUGUUGUAGUUGCCCCUGCACUAGAGUUUGUCUUUAACUGUAGCUUGAACCAAGUGAGUAACUGCUUAUGCUGCCUGAAAACAACAUACACUGCCACGUCUUUGCCCAAGAAAGGGAAACUGGGGUUCUAAAAAAAGAAAAGAAAGAAAGGAAGGGGGACGCUCAGAGACUACUUUGGUGCUACGCCCUUGGCUAUUAGCAAAAUGGGCAAUCCCUUCACAUCCACACAUGGUUAGUAGUAGCUGUACAGCCUUUGUUUAUUUUUUAACACCAUGGUAUCAGAUCGGCGCUCAAUGUUGGUCAAUCCGCAAAUUCAGUUAUUGAAAUAGUAUGGGACAUCUAACAUCUUUAAAUGUAACCUGUCCCAAGGUCCAGACCAAGUCCAUCUAUUCGAAACAGCAAUCUUUCAGUCUUACGUCUUUCAUCCACAAUGCCACAUGAAGCUGUUUUGCAAGAAGGGAAGGAAAACUCAGUGUUGUUGUUAGUAUUGAUCACUUGUAACAAAGCUGCCAGUUUGUGUCUUUGCCACUUGAAACUGUGUCAAAACUAAUCCUUGUGUUUUGUAAUGAAGUCUUGAAAAAUGUCGCUAAAUGUUAAGUUAUGAAGCUAGAAUACGAUGAAUUGUAUAUAUUUUUACAAUUAUAUGCAGUAAAAUAAGCCAGUGUCUGCCCGAGGUCACUUAACACAGAUUAUCAACACAUGAACGUAGCUCAGAUUUUUGUGCACACAAAACCUGACUUGAUUUAGAGUUUGCAGUUUUUCAUCUCAUCUUGUGGGAACAUAGCAGUAAAUACUUCAGAGCGGCGUCUUCCGUGCGGGAGGGUGAGUUUUAUAAUAAAAUGUUUAUGAGCUAAA